GAUCGCUGUGGGGCGGGGCCGCCGGCGCCGGCUCCAAGCGCUGGGGGAGGCAACCCUUUCGCCGGGUUCUCCCUGUCGGCGUCCGACAAAGGCAACCCCUUCGCCGGCGUGUCCCUGUUCUCGUCGCCGACGGGAGGAGGCCUCUCGCUGUUUGCGGCCACGGCGGCGGACGCCGCCGCCUCCGCCGGGGGCAGCGGCGACUUCGACGCGGCCGCGCCGAAGGUGGGCGCUGCAGCCGGCGGCCCCAGCGCUGCCGCCCCGGCGGCAGACGGCAAGGCCGGCCCCAGAUUGUCGCUCGCCGUGGGCAUGUCGCUCUUCGCGACUCCGCGCCCAGCUCCGGCGGCCUCUUCACCGCCGCGGCCGGCGCGCUGUGCGGCGGGGGCGCCGCAGGCGCGGGCAUGCGUCCGCCGCCAUUGCCGGGCCGGAAGCCUUCGCUGCGGCCGGUCGGAGUUCCCGUUCUCGUGCGGUCGGACAUGAACCUCGCACGGAUCGCCUGA